UCUGAGGGCGAGGGAGGCCCAGCCCCCUGGCUCAGGUAAGCCGGGAAGAAUGCAGCAGCAGCAGCCCAGCCCUCCCGCGGGGCGCGUCGCUGUGACUCAGCCUACCAGGAAGGAGGAGUGCGCCCAAGCUCUCCACCGCCCACACACAGCAGCCUGAUCUCCGAGGGCUCUGGGGCGCCGAGUCCCCCGCAGCGAGCAGCGAGACGUCCAGGGCGGGACCCCCUCCCGCCCAGUCUCCCCCUCAGAGCAUCGCCCGGACGUGGCCCAGGGUGGUGAGAGCGCUGCGGGCGCCGUGGGGGCCAUGCGAGUCCUGGCCCCGACGGCGCCCAGAAGACCGACGAGAGCUGUCCCGGACUGAUGUCCCAGGUGAGCGAUCAGUGCCCUUCUCGCUGCGACGCGCCCCAUGGAGUCCCCAGCGUUGCCCAGGACCCAGGUCUUUUUCAUGACAACAUGUGGGAGAGUCAGGAGCCCAGGGCCUGCGACUGUAGAGAGAUGUUUCUAGGAGCCAGAGCCCAGACCAUGUCCCUCCUCCCUGGGCUGGAGGCAGCAGCAGGAGCCACUCACCCUGCAGAGGCUUCGCCAGAAGAGGGCUCGCUGGAGGAGGUGGCACCCUCCAUGCCUCAAGACAGCGGUCUUGGGGCUCCCCAGGCUCUGAAUAGCACUGACCUCAAUGUCCCCACAGAAGCUGUGACAUGCCAGCCUCAGGGGAACCCCUUAGGCUGCACCCCAUUACUGCCAAAUGGCUCCGGCCACGGCCACCCCUCAGAACUGGGCAGUGCUGGGCACGCGGGGAACGGUGCUCUGGGAGGCCCCAAGGCCCACCGGAAGUUGCAAACGCAUCCAUCCCUGGGCAGCCAGGCCGGGAGGAAGAGUAAAGGCAGCAGCAGGGGGUCCUCACAGGUCCCCCUCCAGGCACAGGAAGAUUGCUGUGUCCACUGCAUAUUGUCCUGCCUGUUCUGCGAGUUCCUGACUCUCUGCAACAUCGUCCUGGACUGCGCCACCUGCGGCUCCUGCAGCUCCGAGGACUCGUGCCUCUGCUGCUGCUGCUGCGGCUCCGGCGAGUGUGCGGACUGUGACCUGCCGUGCGACCUGGACUGCGGCAUCCUGGACGCCUGCUGCGAGUCGGCAGACUGCCUGGAGAUCUGCAUGGAGUGCUGUGGACUCUGCUUCUCCUCCUGAGGCCGCAGGCUGCCACCCAAGGCCCGACGCCUCCCCUCACCCCGGGGGGCCCCCUCAGAAUCCCAGCCCAGAUGUGACAAGGUGGUGUGCUCUGAGGGGCCACCUCAGCCACGGAACAGAUCCGCUUUGGACGAGCCUGUUCCCCUCGAUGGAGGGGGGAACCAGGAAACACCACAUCCGGAACCUGGUAGGACAGAACCAGUUAGCUGCCGACACUCAGAACACUGUGAAAGGUGGGGGUGGGGGGCAGGGAUGGGAGGCCCAGGCCCUCUCUACCUCUCCGCUCCAGGUGCCCGCCUCCCUCUGCUACCCCAGCUUUGAGGACUGAAAAUGUGAAAAGACACCCGCCCGGCCCAUUGUCAGGCCACUGCUCUCCCCUCCUGCUCAUUUACCAGGCUCUUGUGAGGGCCUAACCCGCACAGUGAACCAAGAGGACAGGGC